AUGGCUAGUUCCGAUCAAAUCGCCGCUCAGAUUUUGAGCUCCAAAUCGCUCUCUGUGUCUUCAACUUGGCUCAAUGCCUUCCUAUCCUCCGGCACGGCACCACGAAAUGUCCCCGCCUCGGCGCUGGCGCAGACAGCUAUUUUCCGCCUUCUAGCUUCCGAUAUCAGAGAGUCUCUCUCCAGGCACCGGUCUUGUGUUCUACCUCCCAAUAUUGCAACCCCGACUGUCCAAGAGCUACGCCUGCAGGGCGCCAUCCCGGUACAGGUCCUAGACAUCGAAGACAUCGGCACAAGUCUGUGGAGUCAGAUCGAAGCCAUUGAGCGAGUUGAGCGAGGAGAAGCUAUCCGCGGUCGUGAAAUCGUACGCACUAUCGCUAUUGGCGAGGACCCCGAGGCCUCGGAGAACAAUCGUUCAAAUAAUAAUAUCGCUGCACCAGGCAAUAGUGGAUCAGGACCACAUCGCUUGAUGAUCCAGGACGCAGCUGGGACUGUCGCUAUUGGAGUUGAGAUGCAGCGGAUUGAGGGAAUAUCUCUAGAUAAGCCUGGUAUUGGGGCAAAGCUUUUGCUUCGGAAUCCUACGGUUGCUCGCGGAAUGGUACUGCUUACGCCGGCGACUGUAACUGUGUUGGGGGGCAAGAUCGAAGCUUUGGAUAAGAACCGGAAAGAAGGGAGGAAGGCGAGGUUAUUAGAAAAGACAUCUUCUCUGGAUGUUUGA